AUGCCAAGUCGGAAAGAUAAACUUAAAGAUAAGCCGCCUUCGGAUCCGCGCAGAGAGUACUUGGACGCUGAGUCCACCGACGAAGAGGAGAGCCAGCAAAAAAUUGAAGAAAUAGAAGAGGAGCUCCGACCAAUUUACGACGAAAACGAGAUAGCAACAUUGAUAAAAUGCGUCAAGGAUAUGACCACUUUAAGUGGACUGACCAACGCCCAUUGGACCUAUUAUACCGACGUGAUGAUACGACAAUUCUUCGAGAACCCGAACAUCCCGAUGCUCGUCAUUUACUACGUGCGCAACAAACUCGACGUCUCGUUCAUGUUUCCUCUGACCCCGGUGCACCAGCUGACAUUCUUUGUCCGAGAGCCGCAAGAGAUUCUGCGAGCGGAUAACUUCCGGGAUCGCGUGUUGUUCGGCUCGGUGAACGACAAAGUGGAGAGCUACAUUUUGACGGUGGUGCAGAACGUGUUAACUCCGAUCUUCCUGAAGAUCGAAACCUGGCCAGACAUCGAACUUCCAGCUUUCCAAUAUUGA